AUGUCCUCAACGUCCUCCGCUGCACCCGUCUACGAAUGGCUAGUGCACAUUCCAGAUCUCCCUGGCGCGCUCGACAAGCGACUUGCCGUUCGUCCGGAGCAUCUCUCGAACCUCAAGCCCAGCAUCGAUGCGGGCAAGGUCGUCUUUGGCGGUGCUCUGCUGUCCAAGCAGCCUGCGGAAGGGGAGGCCCCAGACAUGGUGGGCAGCUUCAUGAUGAUCAAGGCCGAGAGUGAAGAGAAGGUGCGGGAGUGGAUCGAGAAGGACGCCUACACCAGGGGCGGUGCGUGGGAUGCGAAGAAUGCGAAGGUCUACCCAUUCCGAUGUGCAGUCAGGACAGCCAUGUGA